CAUCGACUCUCAAUUCUCGCCCUUUGCACCUUUCUGCUACGGUCGCUUCUCUUGUCUGACACAUAACGGGUGCGGUGAAUUUACGCGGAUAAAUUACACCAACGAUUAGACCCUUCAAACAGGGUUCAGGACGCGUACAGCACGUCCUCUCUGGCGACCUGCGUCAGUCUUUUAACGCCAGCAACGCCCUGAACGAGCAUUCGGACUUCUGAAAUUUGGUCUACAUUUCCUACCAUUCGGAUACCAUGGACGUCUUCCCUUCUACCACACCGGACGAAGCCGUCCGCAAGUCCGCGAAGCGAGCCGCUGAACUUUUCGGCUCCGAAUACCUCAUGGUCACACCCAGCGUCGCCGAUGGAUCGAUCGGACUGUCCUACCGACGAAAGGCGGAAUACUCAGACGUGAAGGAAUUACCUCCAGCUCUCGCCGAGAAGCAAGCGAAAGCAGCAGCAGCAGGCCGCGCGAAGCGCCCAAAGAUCCAACCGCAGACGAAGCCCCAAGCAGACGGAAGCGGCGCCUCGAUGUCUCUGGUGAAGAGGGCUGCUGGACCGGCCGCGGGCGGAGUGGGUAGUGAAGAUCAACCGAAGAGUCUGAUUCAGAGGCCCUCGGCGACGCGACAGCAGAGACCUGACUGGCAUCCUCCUUGGAAGCUGAUGAGAGUAAUCUCAGGACAUCUGGGAUGGGUGCGGAGUUUGGCAGUGGAACCGAACAACGAAUGGUUUGCUAGCGGUGCUGGAGACAGAACGAUCAAGAUCUGGAACCUUGCGACAGGUGCUCUUCGUCUGACGCUGACGGGCCAUAUCUCGACCGUGCGCGGUUUGGCCGUGUCUCCUCGGCAUCCGUACCUCUUCUCCUGUGGUGAAGACAAGAUGGUCAAGUGCUGGGAUCUGGAAACAAACAAGGUCAUCCGCCACUAUCACGGUCAUCUGAGCGGAGUAUAUACCCUCGCUGUACAUCCGCGCCUCGACCUUCUGGUGACCGGUGGUCGAGACGGUGUUGCCCGAGUUUGGGAUAUGCGGACAAGAAGCAAUGUCCACGUUCUGUCAGGCCACAAGGGCACCGUCGCCGACUUGAAAUGUCAGGAGGCUGACCCACAGAUUAUUACCGGUUCUCUCGACGCUACAGUGCGCCUGUGGGACCUUGCAGCCGGAAAGGCUAUGGGUGUUCUCACGCACCACAAGAAGGGCGUGCGCAACCUCGCCAUCCACCCGCGAGAAUUCACAUUCGCCAGCGCCAGCACAGGAAGCAUCAAGCAAUGGAAGUGUCCCGAGGGCGACUUCAUGCAGAACUUCGAGGGCCACAAUGCCGUCAUCAACUCCCUCGCCGUGAACGAGGACAACGUUCUGUUCUCCGGUGGUGAUAACGGCUCCAUGUGCUUCUGGGACUGGAAGACAGGCUACAAGUUCCAGUCCAUCGACACCAUGGCCCAGCCGGGUUCUCUGGACGCCGAAGCCGGUAUCAUGUCUGCUACAUUCGAUCGGACCGGCCUGCGUUUGAUCACCGGAGAGGCCGAUAAGACCAUCAAGGUCUGGAAACCGGAUGAUGAGGCGACGCCGGAGUCUCAUCCUGUCACUUGGGCACCGACUCUUGGCAGACAGAGAUAUUAGUUUAGGCCGUGGAUGUCAUCUUUAUACCCUUGAUCCAAACCCAGAAUCGGGCUGUUGUUUGUUCUUUUGUCGCAUAUGGAGUUCAGCGUUUGUUUCAGAGUGACGUUGAUACAAGGUCACGGGGAAUCUACAAAACAUAUUUUCUGGUUGUAUGAUAGGCACUUGAACUGCGUAGGAUCAAUCACAUUAUAAUGGUUCUGAAC